AUGUUCUAGUGGUCUUACCAUAUAAAAAUUUUCUGGAAUUUCUGCUUUAUUCCACAAUAGCUGUGAAACUCGAAGCCGACAGUUAAUCCGCAGUAUCUCACAACUCAACAGUCAAAUUACUACCACCUAAGAUAUCCAUUUAUGCCUUUUAUCAGCUUUUUGCUUUUGUAACUGCUUUCGUAUGUUACAGCACUCGACAUCUGUUGGUUACGAACGAAAAGGUGAUUUUCGUUACGCAAAAAGGUCGAGUUGGACAGUGUGAUAAGAAGCUGGGAUCUCUCAACCUUAACUACGCCCUCGUUGAUGUUAACACAGUUGUUCCAAUCAAUCCUGUGGCAAUAUCCAACCGACUGGAAAUUCAAUCAGACAGCAUAUCUAUAAACGAACUUAGGAAGGAUGAGCUGUCUUGGGUAGUCGAUCCACGACAGGAACCUGGAACUGUACUUUAUAAAGUUUCGCUUUACAAAGAAAAGCUGUUUGUUGGUGAUGCUCAUACAGCUGUAACAACACUUACCAAGUUGAUUUUGCCACCCGAGUUGCUUCAUUCCUGGUCCUCUGCACAAAAAUUUGAUGCAAACAUCGCUGCUAUCAACGCAUGGAUGUCCUUCAAUACCAGCAAGACUGGACUUCAGGCACCUUUAAAACCUCCUACUGUGCCAACAAAUGUCCAGUUGUAUGCAACUCAACAGGUGCUUUUUCAUAGUUUGAGCUACUAA